AUGGCCUCUGUUCAGCCCACUCCAAACCCUCAACAGCUCUGUUCGUACUGCCACCGUAAACCGAAGUUCAACAACUUUGAAUAUUGCGGAAAGACUUGUGCCAAAGAAGCAAAGCAGGCCGCCAAUUCCAAUUUAUGCAACUACUGUCAUCAAAAGCCGAAGUUCGCCAAUCACGAGUUUUGCGGAAAGAAAUGUGCAACUUCCGCCGCUGUCGCCUCCACGCAGACGACUCCCAAGGCUUGCAAUACAACCGGGUCAGGUACUGGGUCUUCGACGAAGGGAAAUCCAACUCCGCCUAUUAAGACAGCACCUAUUAGCCUGCCCGUGACAUUGCAGAGCGGUCAAGUUAUCGAUGUGGCAGAUCUUGCGCGUACUAUAAUCCAGCAGAUCCCCCAGCUUCAAGCGUUAGUUUCCGGAGGGAAUGGCCAGCCCGUCAACGUUAACCAGAUUGCAUCUCAACUCGCAAGUAUGCUGGCCCCUGGACCACAGACAGGUCCUACCGCCCCGGGCCAGACGAACGGUACUUCGCCGUCGUCGUCUUUUGUUACAGCUAUGUCUCAACUACCACCCAGUCCCAUCGUCUUCCCACAUGCUGUCGACUAUACUUUCCCAGGUCGUGGCCAAGAUGAAGACCCAGAACUCUCAUUGAAUAGUCCUACCGUGACCGUCGUCGGCACGCCCAUGUUCUCCCAAGAGUCGCUUUGCAUCAUGUGCGGGAUGGAGCCUCAAACUUAUUAUUACUACUUUUGUGGUGAUGAAUGCAGGGAUAGCGCUUUGCAUAAAUACGGCGAAUGA